AUGAUUUUGUGUUUCAACAACCCAGAAAAAAAGCCAACCUCGGAGGAGUAUUAUCAUCAUACGAUUCUUUUAGAACGUUCUGCAACUGUUGAUGCUUGUAGAAAUUUUGAAAUUUGUUUCAAAACGACCAAGGGAAUUGAACAAAAUCUAAACAACAACAACAUCAGUAGCAACAUUAAUAGCAACAACAACAACAACAUAAGCAGCUCUGACAUCAACAACAUUAACAACAGCGUGAUUAGCGAGCAGAUCAUCGCCAGCAAGAUCAUAGCUAAUAACAAUAGUAAUCGAUUCUUUAUUAAAGAAAAUUUCAACAACACUAUCGUCAUCAUUGUAGAUUUGAAAAAGAAUAAGAUCUGUGACGUCACCACCACCAACAACAACAACAAAAUGACCAAAGAACCAGCAAACAACGAACACUACCACAAUAACGGCAGUAUUCACAAAAACAAACUGUCUUACACACUAACAAACAACAACAUCAGCAACAACAACAUUAGCAACAUCACCACCAACAACAAAAACAACAGUAUCAACAACAAUAACAGCAACAAUAACAACAACAACAACAUCAACAACAUCAACAUCAACAACAACAGUAUCAACAACAACAAAGCUCCAUUUCUCUUACGUAGUUCCAGUAGCAUUGGUAAAAUGCUUAACAAUGUUGAUGGAGAUGUAGUCAGAAGCCGUCUACUUAUUCAAAAUUUUGUAAGUUCAUCUUAUUUCAUUUUAUUGUCAGUACCGAAAUGUCGGUAUCGCUACCCGGCAAUUUAA